AUGAUUGAGUCACUCACCGUGUUGACGUUCAACGUCCGAUCGAUGAAGAACGCAGUCAACCAAGUCAAAAUCAUCCGUUAUCUCAAAACCUUUCGGCCGGCCCCUGCGGCCAUCCUCCUGCAAGAGCACCACCUCAGCUACAACGCGUCGCGCGAAGGCUUCGAGAGUGCUUGGCCGGGGGCUUGUAUUCGUUUCACUCCUCAUGUCCUUACCCUCAUACCCGAUGGCUCACCUUUGGCGGGCCAUCUCCUUUCCUCUACCCCGGUCGUCUUUGCAGGAGCUCCUCGUUUCGACGGUCGGAUUCUGCGCUCGGUGUUUCGUCUUGAGGAGCUCGAUGUCGAGAUCAUCAACAUGUACGCGCCGGUGCAGGAGGACGAUCGUCGCGACUUUUUCGGGCUUCUGCACUUCAACGCCCCGAGACCCAAGAUUCUUCGGAUCUUGGCCGGCGAUCUCAACGAUUGUCCGGAUGUAUCGGUCGACCGAGUGUCCAUCACCGAUCGCGCUUGGACUCCUGUAUCGCACUGGCAGACCUUGCUGUCAAAGAUCGCGUUCAAGGCACUCGACACGGUCCGACAUGUCCAUCCUUGCACCCCUGCAUUCACUCGUCCUCACUACCGUGGUAGAGGGGAAGAGCGAAAGAUUUGCUCGUGGUCGCGGAUCGACUAUAUUCUUGUCCAAUGCAGUUGGGCGAACCGGUUGUUGAGCGCUUCUACGCUCUUCGAUGCGCCCUGUUCGGACCACAGACCUGUAGUUGCGACUUUCGCUUUGCCUACAUCGAACGCUGAUGCCGAACCCCCCCUUUCUCUUCCCUCCACGAGCGAUUUCAUUUCGAGGCUCAACCCAAUGGUCUUUGACGAUCAAGACUUUGUCGCAUCGAUUCCCGGGGUCGUCGACGAGGUCUAUCGAAGGCUCGAGGGGACCGCUCCGCUCGGCGACGUCUAUGACGCCGCUCUGCGGGCGGUUGCAGUCGCUGGCCAUGCACGAUACCGCUCGACUCGUGCCGACAUGCGCCGACUGCGGGCCGAGAGCCAAUCCGUCAUGGAGGCUUUGGAGGCACGCGGUGAGCACAUGAAUGAGGCCGAGCGCGAUGCGUAUGCUCUUGCCAAGUCGCGGUUGGACCAGUUGGCGGUAAAGGAGGCUCAGUGGCUGCGCAUUCGUGCGCAUGUGCCGUCAGUCGACUCGAGGGAAGGUCAAUCGGCAAGCAUUCGCACGCGCCUCAACCGCCGGAGUCGCCAGACGAGCAUCGUCUCGCUGGAGGAUGUGGAUGGCACCGAGACCGUUGACAUGCAGGAGGCGCUGGGUAUUGCUUCACGGCACGCGCAGUCGCUCUUCACGCCGGACCCAGCUCGUGGCGACCCGACGAACGCACGCCGGUCCCUGCUCGACCCUAUUCGCGCAGCGAAAUGCUACGAUGACGACCGCUCGGACCCUACGUUCGGUCGUCGGCUGCCUCGUCAAGCGAGAGUGGCGCUUGACGAGCCCUUCACCCUCCUCGAGGUUGAAGCGGCGUUGAAGAAGACGGAUUCGGGGCGAUCACCGGGGCCCUCGGGCAUUCCGUACGAGCUCUUCAAGGCGCUGCCAACCUACUUUGCUCCCAAGCUGUUGGACUUGUUCAACUCGAUUUGGGAGGGCGGCAAAAUGACGGCGUCCUUGGCAGAGGGGCUGGUGCGGCUCUUGCCCAAGAAUAAACCGGGGGCCAAUCUGAAAUCACUGGGGGCAUACCGACCGAUCACAUUGCGCGAGACGACCUACAAGGUCCUCAGCAAGGUCUUGGUGGCGCGACUCAAUGGGGUGCUCGGCGAGCUUUUACCGCCGGCGCAACACGGUUUCAUGCCAUCAAGACGUUCAGCGGACGCGGGAAGUCAUCUCACUCUCCUUCUCGAAAAACUCAAGUCGCUAGGCACUGAUGUUUUCCCCGAGGGCGCCCUCUUGUCUUUGGAUCAGCAGAGCGCGUACGAUCGGGUCGAUCACGCCUGGAUCUUCGAGGUCUUUGAGGCCUCUGGGUUCGGUGAGCGUUUCAUCUCGCUGCUGCGCGCUCUCUACGAUCCCGAGACUCUGGGGGUGCGCUACCUUGUCAAUGGGUUCCCCACGGACUUGGUGCGGUUGCUGUGUGGUCUCGGUCAGGGGGAUCCCCUCUCGUGCCCGGUUUGGAACAUCACGUUCCAGCCCUUCCUCGACGCCCUCGUUCGGCGCGGGAUCGCGCUCGACCUGCAGAAGGUGUGGCCAGGGGGGCCGCGUGCGCAGCUUACGCAUCUGGCGUUUGCCGACGAUGCUGUGGUGGUGGUGGAGUCACCGGCGGCAUUGUCGAAGCUGCAAACGCUGUCGCAGACGUGGUACGAGGCUACCAACGGGAAGACCAACACGGACAAGACGCUGGUGCUACCACUCGGACCGAACUGGCUUCGGGACGAGACUGCGCAGGCGCUGCCAACGGUGCAGGAGGGGGAGAGCUUCAAGUGGUGCGGCUAUGCCUUCUUUCGCCACGGUGACUCGAAACUGUUCUGGACCCAUGUUCUUGACAGGAUCAAGGCCAAGGCCCGCGCCGCUCGAGACCGGACACUUUCGCCGAGUGGGAAGGUUUUCUAUGCCAACGCUCACAUCAUCUCGACGGUCCUCCACGUGCUGUCCUUCGACAUACCGCCUCAAUGGUUCAUUAAGGCGGCGGAGACGGCACUUACGGACUUUGUCUGGGGAGGAGCAGGGCGAAAUACCGUCGCUCGCGAUUUCGUGUUCCAGGCUCGGGAGGACGGUGGCUUGGGUUUGAUUUCGAUUGGCGACAUCGUUCAUUCGGUGGCGCUUCGAUUUUGGGAUGCUGUGGCGGGCUCGGACGAGGCGAUCUGGGCGCCCCUAGCUCGCGAGAGCUGGAGGUGCCUCGUCGCUGCGACCCGCGAUUUCAGUCCGUGGGGGUUCUUCAGCAGCACGGCUCGGGUCGAGAAGCUGUAUCGCGACUCGACGCGCUGGGGGGCAGUCGUUGCAGCGGCCAGGGUCACAGUUCCAACCAUCAAGUCCGAACUCCUUACGCUUCCCGAAUUGCUCUCGCUUCCGCCUCGCCUCCCUUCACUCUAUGCUGAAGGUGCCCAGCACGCAUAUGACGAUGCGGACGCGGUGGCGAAGUUUGCGCAGAUCGCGGACCUGUACUGGAGGGACGAAGGGAAGGGAUGGGCUCUGGUUGGUCAUCGACGCGGGUUCUGGCAGCACUCUAAGGAACCCGCCCUACAGCACGAGCACGUGUGGUCGCGCGUGGGUCAGUUGCUCAAGGCGAAAGCGUUGCUGCCCAAGACCGCGUUGCGACCUGCUCGGAUACCUCUCAAGGAGGCUCCCCGUCCUCGGUGCUUCAACUUCUUUGGGCUCUCCCGACCUUUUACGAUUCGCAAGCUUCGUCGGCUUGUGAACAAGGUGCGGUUCCCAGGGAGGGAGGACCGUGUCAAGCGUUUCCCUGAUGGGACUUCUCAGAGCGAUAGGAAGCGCUUCUGGAGAUGGCUUCAUGACCGGUUCGCGUCUGCUGUCGAGCAGGACACCCACUGGCGGCUCAUGUACGACGUGACGCCGACGCGCAAGAGGCAGCAUACUCAGGGUCAUGCCUCUUCGCCGACGUGUCUGUUCUGCGGCAACGAUGCAGCGGUCAUCGAGACGGUGUCCCACUACUUUUUCGAGUGCGCGUAUUCGACCAGCUUCUGGGGUGGGGUGCUACGCAUUCUGCUUGACAAGCUCGGCAUCGAGGAUACCGACGUCGAUCCGUCGACGUUCACUCCGGAGCAGCUGACUAUGGGGCUCCCCCUUUUGCGGGGUCGUGGGAGAACGACCUCGAAAUGGAUGUGGGUUCGGCUGGCCUGCGCGAUCGGCUUCCAGCGGCUGCACCUGCUCCGCUGGCGCGUUCAUCAGCGGUUCGAGCUGGACAACGUCGUGGCCCCUCCCUCGCUUCCCAGUGCGCUCAGAGCGUUCGAGCGAGAUUUUCUCUCUCGAGCGGGUUUUGUGCCUGGGGUUCGAGAUUGGGAGGUGUGA